AUGACAACAUCAUUUGUUUCUACAAUUGUUUCAUUGGCUUUCAUAUUUCAGUUUCCCUUAACCACCGCCACUACAACCUCAUUUGGUAGCCUAGUGAUUAAACUCAUACAUUACCAAUCAACACUGUUGUCUUCCUACAAAAAAGACACCAUUUGGGAUUAUUAUUCUCAAAAAAAGAUAAAGCAUGCUUUUAAUGAUGAUUUUAUGUCCAAUCUUGUUCCUAGUCCCAGAAAUGUUGUGUUCUUAAUGAAUUUUUCCAUUGGUGAACCACCUGUUCCACAACUUGCUGUCAUGGACACUGGCAGUAGCCUUACAUGGAUUAAGUGUCUCCCAUGCACAUCUUGUUCCCACCAAUCUGUUCCAAUAUUUGACCCUUCAAAAUCCUUCACAUAUGCUAGCUUGACAUGCAGUGAAUGCAGCAACAAUUGUGAUGUGAAUGGUCAAUGUCCAUUCAAUGUAGAGUAUGUUGGUAGUGGCUCAUCAGAAGGGAACUUUGCCAGGGAACAGUUAACUUUUGAGACCCAAGAUGACAGCAUAGUGAGAGUGCCUAGUUUGAUAUUUGGUUGUGGUCAUAAGUUUAGUACAUCAUCCAAUGGUUACCCCUACCAAGGAAUCAACGGGGUGUUUGGGCUUGGUAGUGGAAGGUUUUCUUUGGUACCUAGCUUUGGUAAGAAAUUCUCAUAUUGCAUUGGCAAUUUAAGAAAUACUAAUUAUAAGUUUAACAAAUUGGUCUUGGGGGACAAAGCAAAUAUGCAAGGUGACUCAACCACUUUGAAUGUUUUCAAUGGUUUGUAUUACGUUAAUCUAGAAGCUAUAAGUAUAGGAGGGCGAAAGCUUGAUAUAGACCCAACAGUGUUUGAAAGAUCAACAAGAGAUAAUAACAGUGGAGUAAUAAUUGACUCUGGAGCAGACCACACUUGGCUUACAAAAUAUGGGUUUGAAGUGCUUAGCUUUGAAGUCGAAAACAUUCUUGAAGGGAUUUCGGUCCAAAAUAAGCACAACCCUUAUACGUUGUGCUAUAGUGGUGUGGCUAGCCGAGAUCUAAGUGGUUUUCCAGUGGUGACAUUACAUUUUGCUGAGGGUGCUGUUUUGGAUUUGGACGCAACAAGCAUGUUUGUUCAGACCACAGAGAAUGAAUUUUGCAUGGCUUUGCUUCCAGGGAACUAUUUUGGUGAUGACUAUGAAAGCUUUUCUUCUAUUGGAAUGCUGGCUCAGCAGAAUUAUAAUGUUGGUUAUGACUUGAAUGGGAUGCGGGUGUACUUUCAGAGGAUUGAUUGUGAACUUUUUGAUGGGUGA